AUCAAAUACUUGAUUAUAUAGAAACAUUAAUGGGAAAAUUCAAUCCAAAAAGAUCUCAAAAGCCCAAAACAUCUUCAAAAAAGAAGAAGGAACCCGAAACAUUCGAUGAGUUUAUGGAAGAGGCCAUUCAAUUUGAAGAACAAGGAGAACGUUAUAAGACAGGAGAUAGAGCUCAACGUAAUUAUGAAAGAGCAGCAGACAUGUAUGGAAAAGCGUUUAGUUUGAAUGAUAAAGAUGCUGACUGUGUUUAUAACUGGGGAAGAGUCUUGUUCUUGUUGGUCGAUUUUUUGCCUUCACAUGCUACACCAGAAGAAAAACUAGAAAAAAUAGAUCAGUCGAUUGAAAAGUUUAGAAAGGCUUUAGAUUUGGAAACAAAUAAAACAGAUGCACAAUUCAAUUUAGCACAAGCACUUCAUCAAAAAUCAGAACUUCUUCAAGACACAACUGAAAUAGAUGAUGCCUAUCGUAUUUCAGCCAUGUCUUUACAAGAAGCUAUUUCCAUAUUUGAUAAUGUGUAUAAUUUACAAGAAAAAGAAUAUCUAGAAUUAAAUGAUACUUUUACAGACAAAAAAGAAGAAGAAGAAGAAAAGGAAGAAGAAGAAGAAGAAGGGAAAGAAAGUCAAAUUAAAGAAGAACCAUUACGACAAGAGUUUACUACAGUAACAAAGAUAGAACCCACUACCCCAUAUUCACUUAUCGAGACACUUUUAGCUACUGUUGAAACCAUGUCAACCAUGGCCUCUAUAUUGGCUUCUUUCCCAGCAUCUAUGGAUUUAUUUAGUCGAGCUAAAGCCAAAUUAGCGUUAGCGGAAAAAUGGUAUACGAAGGCAUCCUCUACUGCAUUGGAAAAGAAUAAUGAUGAUGAUCCUGAAGAAGAAAAAAGGAGAAAGAAUGCACGAAUCCAAAUCAAUUUGAAAGAGUCAGCCAUGUAUGCAGCUAUGGCUGAUCGUUCUUUUAUAGCCUCAAAUACAGUUGAUAGUGCAUUAUAUGAGAAAUCAAUUGAGAAAUUGAAUGAGAUUAUUGAUAAUUAUGAUUCUCGCAAUGUAGAAGCAUUAUGUGAUCGCGGUGAUAUCUUUAUAUCCUAUAGUCAAGCUAUUGCCGAAGUAGCACAUAAAAAGCAUUUGCCUUUAGUGCCAGAAAAAGAUGGAAAGGAAGUAUGGCAAUUAUAUGCCUCAGCCACAAAGUCAUUUCAAGCUGCUUUAUUAAUUGAACCUAAAAAUCUCCGUAUUUUAAACAAGAUGGGCGAUCUAAGCUUAUUUAGGGCACGUUUAGAUUUACCAGUAGCAGAACGUAAUCGACUUCAAUUAUUAAAGAAUGCAGUUUUUUAUUUCAAACAUGCAGUAGAAAUAGAUAAAGAAGUAUUAACAAGUGGUUAUCUUGGUUGGGCUAUGAGUGAAUGGGCUCUAGAAGAAUGGGCAGAGAUAGAAGGUAAAAAAGAAGAUGCAAUGAAGAUUCUUCGUGUUUGGAUUAGACGUGGUGGUAAUGGAGCAUUAUUUAGAAGUUUAGCUGAAGAUAACGAAUCAUGGGAAGAAGAAUUUGUAGAGUUUGUUAUAGAACACUUUUUUGCUGCGGAUGAUGAAGAAUCAGAAUAACGAUUAUAAAUCAUCAAUUCUAAGCUUUGAUGAAGUGAAACAUAAUCGUUAAAAAAAGAAUCCUCAUGUAGUUUCUAUCAUGCUAUCAUAUUAACUAAAAUAGGAAAUUUUUAUUUAAGAUAAAGUAUGCCCAAA